AUGAACAAGACUAAUAGAGAUUCUGUGAUUGAGUAUGCUACUCAGCUUAAACAGCUGGUGCAUGAUCCUCACAGUUUUCUAACCGAACUUGUCGUCCAGCAGCAGCAGUAUUACUGUAUUCGCUGGAUCUGUCACUUUGAUGUACUUUCUUUCGUUCCACUCCCUCCCAAGGCAAUCUCUUACGAUCAAGUCGCCAUCCAAGCCAAAGUCCCAAUGUCGACUCUACAAUCGGUCGCUCGCAUGGCCAUGACUGCAGGGUUUCUGUGCGAAACCAAGGACGGAAGACUUUCGCACAAUGACCUGUCUUGUCAUUUUGCUACAGACGUUCACGUGAAAACACAGCUUGUGUACAUGUUCAAUCAGACUGUUCCUGUCAUGGCUGCGCUGAAAGACGCCUCUCAGCGCUGGGGCAGUACGUCUGCGACGAAUGAGACGGCGUAUAAUAUUGUUUACAACACAGACCUGCCCUUCUUCCAGUAUCUCAAGACGCGACCUGAUUUGAAUGAGCUUUUUCAUGCUUACAUGAAGAGUCGGGCCGUGUCUCACACCGGCUCCAAUGUUGAGCAUUUACUUGGUGCAUUCGAUUGGGACAAUCUUGGGCAAGCUACAGUCAUUGAUAUUGGCGGCAGUAGUGGCUCGACUUGUAUCAUGCUAGCCACAGCAUUUCCCAGUCUCAAUUUAGUCAUCCAAGACCUCCCAGAACCGAUUCAAAACGCUCGCGCUCGCAUGUCGGACUUACCAGAGGAAAUCAACAGCCGCAUUGACGUGAUGGAAUACGACUUUUUCACACCUCAGCCCAUCAAGCACGCUGACGUCUACCUCCUUCGCACCAUCCUUCACGACUGGCCCGACGCCGAUGCCAUCAAGAUUCUACAGUGCGUAGUCGAAGCCAUGGGCCCAACCAGUCACCUUCUUAUCAUGGACAUGGUUCUGCCUAAGCCAGGCUCCGGCUCCAAGACAUUUGAGGCGGCGCUGAGACAGAAAGAUCUGACCAUGAUUCAGACUUUUAACGCGAAGGAGCGAGAGGUUGAGGAGUGGAUUGCUCUUCUUACAAAAGUGGACCCGCGAUUGAAGAUUCGAGCGAUUGAGACGCCUGCUGGAAGUGAGCUGUCAGUUAUUGAGGUCAUGUUGGAGGAGGAGGUUGUAGAUGAGUUGUCGUGGCAUUCUUUCAGUGGGUAG